CCGCGGCCGGGCAGUCUCGGCUCGGCACUCGAGCGCGAUCGAAGCUCCGGCGUCGGCGCGGCCGCGCGUGUCUCUGUGUGGGCCAGCGGUCAGAAGCACCGAGCGCGGCGAGGCGAUGGUGUGAGCGCGAGCGGCGGCGUCGUCGUCGUCGUCGUCGUCGUCGUCGUGGUGGUGGCCUGCCGCGGUAGCGCGGCGUUCUCUCGCUCGGCGAGACAGACGGGCGUGGGUGUCGGGGCGGGGGAGGGCGGCUGACGGGGGCCGGGCCCGACGGCAGCAGCGAGAGCGUCCGCCCGAAGCUGAAGUGCCGCGGCGAGAGCCACGAGCACCUCGUCGGCGACGAGGCGAGGAGCGAGCGGGCUCGGGGCUCCAUCGACGAGAGGCGCAAGAAGAUGCAGAGGCACAGGCUCAGGCCGCGCAGGCGCAUGGAAAGAUUGCCCCUGCACAUAGGCCUCUUCCUGCUGUACAUCCUCUUCCAACUCGUCUCGUCGCAAUUCACCAACCCGUCGGCGAGCUCGACGCUGCCGCCCGACGAGGCGAAACCCGCGGACGUAGCGCCGUCAGCCACGUUCACGACCACUGCCGCCGAUGGAGAGAGCAAGGAGAGCAAGGAGAGCGAGAAGCUUCCCGCCGACAAGCUGCAGGAGGAAGACAAAGGCAAAGAGAUUACGACCGUUAACGGGGAUUUAAGCAGCUCGGUGACGCCAAGUCCGUCGACGACAACGCCAAGGUACGAUUACGAGCGAGUGACGAUACGACCAAGACGCGAAAAUUGCUCAGCCCCAGCAAUCGAGCAAUUCCCGAAGCCGUGGCCGGGACCAUGGGGUCGAAAACACGGUGCUCUCAUUAUCCACUUGGUCGUCGCCGUUUACACGUUCCUCGGACUGGCGAUUGUGUGCGACGACUACUUCGUCGCCAGUCUCGAUCGAAUCUGCGAAGAAUUGAAGCUGUCGCCCGAUGUCGCUGGCGCAACGUUCAUGGCAGCUGGUUCGUCGGCACCGGAAUUGGCUACGGUCGUCAUUGGCGUAUUCUUUGCCAAGGACGACAUCGGGGUGAGCGGUGUGAUCGGUAGUGCCGUGUUCAACAUAAUGUUCGUGAUAUCCGUCUGCGGACUGUGUACCACCACGGUGUCCAAGCUCAAUUGGUGGCCACUGUGUCGCGAUUGUUUUUUCUACUUCAUCUCUAUUCUCGUGAUGCUAGGCACCAUCGCCAACGAGUCCAUCUCGUGGGGGGAAGCCUUGUUCAUGCUGCUAAUGUACGUGGUGUACUGCGUGGUACUGUCAUUCAACGCUCGACUGGAGCGAUGGGCCAAAUCCUACGACAUUCCGUGGCUGCCUAAGGACGACGAGCAGCCGGCCGAGCAAACGGGUCUGGUAACGUACAAGAGUCUUCAGGAAGAGCGCGCAGCUCAACAGCAAACCGGCUACACCGAUCCCAACAAUGACACCGCGACUAAUCAAUCGAUGGCCAACGAGAACUAUUCGGGUGGAUACGCGUCCAACGACACGGGCUACAACAACUGGCAGGAUCCCGCGCAGAAUCAGUGGGAUCCGAAUUCCGCUUGGGGUCAAGACUCUUACGAUCCCAAUACCGCCUGGAGUCAACCCGCUCAACAACAACAACAACAACAACAGCCACCUCAACAAGUGCAAUCACCACCAGCUCAAUUAGAUCCCGAGCAACCGGCACAAAAGGCUGUUCAACCUGCCCCAGCUAAACCUGCCUACUACAAAGCCAAAGAGCCAGAUCCAAACGAGGUCUCACCAUUGGUCAAACCUACCGAUGGUGGAAAAUGGGGAUUAUUCACUUGGGGUUUGGUUUAUCCGAUUCACUAUACGUGCCGAUUUACUAUGCCGGAUUGCAGGCAAGGAAAAUACAGGAACUGGUAUCCCUUCACCUUCUGUAUCUCCAUGAUCUGGAUCAGCUUCUACAGCUAUUUUAUGGUUUGGAUGAUCACCAUUAUUGGCCAUACGCUUGGAAUUCCAGACACUGUGAUGGGUCUGACCUUCGUAGCCGCAGGUGUGAGUGUACCUGACGCUCUGUCAUCUCUGGCCGUGAUCAAGGAAGGUCUUGGUGAUAUGGCUGUGAGCAAUGCAGUCGGUAGCAACGUUUUCGACAUCCUUGUCUGCCUUGGGCUUCCUUGGUUCAUCCAAACAGCCAUGAUCCAACCUGGUUCACACGUCAACGUUACCAGCAGAGGACUAACUUAUUCGACCGUGUCACUACUGUCAACUGUGGUAUUUUUGGUGGUGGCAACGCAUUACAAUGGCUGGAAAUUGGAUAGACGCUACGGUAUAUGGCUGAUGAUUUGGUACCUGAUCUUCAUUGUCUUCGCCUCGCUGUACGAGCUCAACGUAUUCAGCAUGAUGAAUCCGCCAGCUUGCCCCAGCAAUUAUUAAAGUGGAAUGCGAAUGCAUGUUUUUUCCGCCAUGGUUGUGUGUAUAUGUGCUUCUUUUUGAAAACGAAUAAAGGGCGUUUUUAGCCUGCGUAGUCAAGUGUGUAAAAGUCGAAUCGACGUAUCUCUCUAGAAUAGAUAGGGCGACGUUUCAGCUGGGAAUUUGAUGAGAGCAGAGAUCGGAAUUGACAGUUGAACGUGAAACAGAUAUCACGAUUGUAGAGUAUUACACGUAGUUUACGAAGUUUAGUGUGCGAUGGAAGCAAACCGAACGUGGCUGGGACCAUUGUGAAAGAGUUUUGUCGGUGCGUGCAUUAAAAGAUGCAGGGUCAAAGAGGAGAAACGUCGCUCGAAGUACAAUAUCUAUCAUCAGUAUUACCAGGUACUUUCCUUUAUGUAGCGCAUUUAAUUUAACAAUUUUAAUGAUAGCGAGAAAGGUUGAGCUUAAAAACUCGUGCAAACGCAAACGAAAUGGCCGAAAUAACUUUAAUUAGUUCUGUUGUAAUAUUUUCCAUUAAUUUGUGUGUUUUUCCAGAGGCAAUUAUCACAUGACAUUCCACGAAAGAUUCAAUUGUCUAAUUUUUUUUUCCUUAUUACGUAAUGAUAAAACAACCUCAAAUAUUGUCUUGCGGACCGAAUGUCUAUCAUCGGCAAAAAGAAUAUAUAUAUGUAGCGUAAACAUACUCGAGGUGAUAAUAUUUCCCCCACGAGGUCGAUUAGCUUUACGUCGUUUAUAUAUUUAUAACAGUUGUUAACCGUUUUACUAUGCAAGAAAAACAAAUAUGUACAACGUUAUUGGAAUAUGCGACAGUACGCGUUUCGCUUGUCCUUCGAUAUGCAAAUCGUUUAAUGGGAAAUUACAUUUUAAACAAAAACAUGUAAUUCACGAAAGCGACGAUUGAAAAAUCACUGGAAAAAGUUGCUUAACUUUCGAAAAUAACAAUUAAAACGAAUUUCAUUAAUCUGGAAAGAGAAGUUUAAUUUUGCAACACAAACGUCGCUUAGGCCUAGCUAUCGUUAAUUAGCUAAGUAGCCCUAAGAGGAAAGAUUAUUACUUCGUACACGUUAUUACUAUAUACACGUAAAUGUGCAAUGUAUAAACGUAUACUUAAUACUCGCGAUUCGCCCUCCAUCCCUAAACGCACUGCAGUUUAACGCACUGCAGAGAUGAGAUUUAAAAAAAGGUAAAGAAAAUUUCCAAAAAAAAAUAAUGUUAAAGACGUUUAUUACACAGCAUAUAAUAGUCGAAGGGAAGAGGAUUUUUAACAAAAUAAAAGCGUAACAAAAUGUUGCACUUCCGUUACGAAAGAAAAGUUAAACAAAUUACAAGCGAUUUUGUUACACUGAUGAAAGAAAAAGUGUUGUAACUUUGGGCAUAUAAAAUAACAGUAGUGGAUAGUCAGGUGGGAAAUAAAGAGAUACAACGUGUUUUUUAUAAAUAAUUAAAUGAACAAAGUGAGGUUGUAAAAGCGCAAUUUUUACUACUGAUAAUGUAACGAAAUAGCAUAUAGCCUAAUUAUUUGAUUUCAUCAGUGCGUUAAAAUCGCUCCAAGCAUUUAGAAAGAAAAGCGUUUUUACGAUCAUUGUAAUCGAUUAUGUAAACUAACUAACGACAACAAUUGAUUUCGCACGAUGCAUAGAUGUCCUUAAUUUGAAAGUAAACGUUUCUACGACUAAUGAACUAAACACUCACGCUAUACUGCUCGUCAACGAAAAAAACGAAAAAGAAAGAAAAAAAAAAUAAUACUAGGCAAGCGCAAAUUAACCAGAAAAAGGCAACAGGAAGGUGGGUGAAAAAGAAAAGCGUGUCUUAAGGGUAUACGGGACAAGGGAAGACAAUAAUUGACGCAGCCUUAUCAGAUGAAAGUAUCUACGACGAUUCUGCGCGUUCCUUGAGAUCUCGAAUAAACGUGUGCGUUUCGAAAGAGUGACAAAUAAAUAUGUUUCCGUUGCAACGUGCGAAUACUCUUGCCUGCCGCCGUAACGAAAGUGAAGCGAGCGACGGAUAGCAUCGACGAGGUAGCCCUCCGAACGUAAGCUUUCUCUCACCUUUGCUCGAAAUUCGCGCGGAACGACAAAGCAACGUUUGUUGCAAUGACAAGCAAUGAUUUAGUCGCAAGGACCGCGCAGUCGCGCUGAACAAGAAUAAACAGAGAAAAAUAAAUACCGUAAUUACAUCGUAUCGUACGUUAUGAUUGUUAUUGCAUUCACAUUUAGCGAGUCAGUCAAUUAAGUUAUAGCCUGUUUUAAGAAACAAAUAACAAUUAUGCUUAAGUCAAUAUUAUACAAUUAUAUUUCGUGUAUCGAAGAUUUCGAAUGGGAAAUAGGUCAAGGAAUAACUUUCAUGAUUUUGUUCGCUAUUUCGUUUGUCGAUUACAAUUAAUAAUAGAUUAUAUAAAUAUUACGUUUAUAUCUAUAUAUACUAUAUAGAGUUUAAGACAAGUAUGUAUCUUAUUCUUGCCAUGUAGAUUAUUUGAAUUAAAAAAAGAGAGCAACAAUAUGUUACAGUGGGAACGAGGUCAAUGUGAACGUAUAUAUAUUUCAAUUAUUAUUGGUAUACUUAAUUCGAUCGGCGAAUCGCUCACUUAGGUUCCUUCUCUCUUCGGCCUACCUCUACAUUUAUUAUAAACACAGUAUAUGUUUAUAUCAAUUAUAUAUAUCGUUCUAUCUUAGAUGAUAAUCAAUAAGGUAUAUCUGGCGCGAUAGGGCUAAUGUUUAUUUUUGAUUGGCAAUAACAAGAAUUGAUAAUGUCGUUUUCCAAGAAAAGACUUUGCAUAAAAUUGGUCUCGUGUUCGAGCGUAUGUACCGUCGCGAGAUUCCAAAAGGUGUAACUGUGAUGGUGAACGCGCAUACUUAAGCUUCGAAAACGCGUAUUGUUAUUAUUGUUGUCGUCGGUGCAGAGAAUGCGAUGUUUAAUCUUUUCACUUUUUACGUCGUCACGAUUGUUCAAUUACGCGGCAUACACACCACACACACACCAUUGAAGCAUUACCUCAACGAGAAUUUAGCGAAACAUAUUGCCAUGUAGAUUAUUCGAAUUAAAAAAAGUGAGCAACAAUAUCGACGAGUAUUAAGAUUAGUUGACUUAAGCGUUAAAUGUAUUUCAAUUUGCAAAGUACCUCGAAAACUUAUAGCGUUGCGUCUUUGCGUAGAUUCGUCGAUCGACCGAACUCUGAGUAUUAGAAAAAAAAAGCAGUAAAGUACGAGACGAGACAAUUUCAAAUGAAAAACACACCAAGAAAAUGCAAAAUCGCGUCUAUUCCUGCCGACACGAAGAAAGUCACGUAUAAUCCGAUGCAGAAACGAGAAGCAAGCACUGAGACAAAGAAAUCAUAACGAAAACUGUACGAUGUACAGGUACGGGCUGGAAAGUUGCUGAAACUUUCGUUCAAGUAGGAUUCGAGGAGAAGUUUUAUGAUACUAAUUAUGAUAACGACGAAAGUGCAGUGACGUCCACAAAAUCAGUGAGCAAACACAUGCUGUUAAAUAUAUACGUAUACAUACUAUUAUAUAUAUAUUUGUAAUGUCUGCCAUUUUUAUUUUGAGUUGUUUAGCGUAAUAACAAUACAAUAUAUAUAUAUAUAUAUAUAUAUAUUGAACGCAAAGUAUGAGCAUCAACGAAAACAGUCCUAAUGUCUUCGGAUACAUAAAAAGGAAACCAUUGUGUGCGGAAGUAUAUAAAUAAUUUUUCAUUGUUAUACACGAUAUACAAAUAUAUAUAUAUAUAAUAUAUACAGAUAGUAAGCUAUUUAAAUUAGCGUAUGUAAUUAUAUUAAUAUUGAAUGUAUAUAUACACACCCGAUAUCUAUGACAUUUUUCCUCUUCCACUGUCUUCUUCCAAUUUUUAUUAAUCGAGGAACGAUGAUCGACGAUGAAAAAUUGUGAAAUCUAGGCAUACGCUGAAAAUUAUUCAAUCGAGUCAAUAGAUGUUAAUUAAAUUAUAUACAUAUGUGUAAACAAUUAACGUCGAUCAAUUUGAAUGUGUCCUUAAAUGUAGCAAUAGAUGGCAGAGUCAAUAUUUACAUCGUUCUUUCGUUUCAAUUCGCAACUUCGUUUAACGAGAGUAAGGAAUAUAGUCUUGUACAAGUGACACGUCUAUUAUUCAUUCCCGACUAGUCAAUUUUCGAGGUGAUACGUUGAAAUAUAACGUAAUUAUUUUUAAAUUAGCCAGACGAUUCGUUCGAUCAAUAUAUAUUUAGAAUUAUAUAGCGGAAACAUUAGAUUAGCUUGUAAUUGAAUAUUCUAUAUUAUUUUGCUACUCUUCUUUCAAACAAUUCACUCGAUACGUCAUGUGACCUUUCAAUUUGCAAACGAAAUCUAUCAAUUUCUAGUAGCCGAAUAAAAUAAUAAAAUAUUUAGCUUUCCUAGAUUAAUUUUAAUCGUUGUUCUACAGUCUCUGUUAUCAAAAAAUUGAAAAAUAAUAGAAAAAUGGAAUGGUAGUUAAGGAGACUCUAGAAGGGCUUCAUGGUAGUUGAAAGAAUGUACUUCUACAUAGUUUUCUCGCGUUCGAGCAAAUUGAAAGGUGAAUUGAUUUUUCGUCCUAAAAGCGUCAAUAUUUCAUAGCUGUAGCUUCGAAACAACUUAUGUAAAUAAAUAACGGUUGUAACGAGAGAGAAAUUUAACGUAAUAUCACAAAUGAAUAAUCUUACAAAUGGCACUAUCUUGAUUAUGUAUAAUUAAAAAGCCAGUAGAAUACAAAAAAAAAAGAGAAAAUAGAAGCAUCCGUAUAUUGUUACUAUUACGCGUAUGAUACAUAGAAUAAUCCUCAUAUACAUUGUUGAUUUUUGAGUGUAUUAAUCAAAAGUUAUUUUGAACAAAUUUCCAAAAAAAGAAAAAAACGUAAACUUUCUGUUUGUAAUGAACGAAAAAGAACACACUAAUAUCACUUAACAAAUCUUAUAUAAAGUGUUUGAAAUAAAUUUUCAUUACCACGUGUAUGGUGAAAAAAUCUUUUACACGUAUAUUGUAAGCAGAAUAAAAGCAAAUAAUUAAAAAUGUGGCACCGUUAUUUAUCACGUCGUUGUUAUAUACACGAGAAAUGAAAAAGAAAAUUAAUGAACAAGAUUAAUAUAUCGAGCGGGUAAUCGAUUUAAUAUUAUUAUAUACAGUUGAAAAUAAUGUAAUGUAUUAGCAAUGAACAAACACGAGGAAGACAGUAGGUAUUACGUACUACGAUGUAUCUGAACCGUUUAAGAACAAAUAAAAUUAUUGCGAAACGCACCCAACUGUUUUUCUGAACCCUGUCUUUUUCCGAUAUGACGUUCUAUUUAUGACGCUUUUAAUUUCCAUGAAAUCAAGCAUGUAUCAUUCGUAUUCUAAUAAACUU